GAGGAAGGCUGUGCUUCUCUGGUCUCAGCUCUGAAGUCAAACCCCUCACACCUAGAGCUGGAUCUGAGUAACAAUGACCUGAAGGAUUCAGGAGUGAAGCUGCUCUCUGCUGGACUGGGGAAUCCCCACUGUAAACUGGAGACUCUGAGGCUGUCAGGCUGUCUAGUCACAGAGGAAGGCUGUGCUUCUCUGGUCUCAGCUCUGAAGUCAAACCCCUCACACCUGAGAGAGCUGGAUCUGAGCUACAAUCACCCAGGAGACUCAGGAGUCAGACUGCUCUCUGCUGGACUGGAGGAUCCACACUGCAGACUGGAGAAACUCAAGCUGUCAGGCUGUGGAGUCACAGAGGAAGGCUGUGCUUCUCUGGUCUCAGCUCUGAAGUCAAACCCCUCACACCUGAGAGAGCUGGAUCUGAGUAACAAUGACCUGAAGGAUUCAGGAGUGAAGCUGCUCUCUGCUGGACUGGAGAAUCCCCACUGUAAACUGGAGACUCUGAGGCUGUCAGGCUGUCUAGUCACAGAGGAAGGCUGUGCUUCUCUGGUCUCAGCUCUGAAGUCAAACCCCUCACACCUGAGAGAGCUGGACCUGAGCUACAAUCACCCAGGAGACUCAGGAGUCAGACUGCUCUCUGCUGGACUGGAGGAUCCACACUGCAGA